GGAAGUAACACAGAGCGACUGCGUCUCUCCAGAGACAGAACCAUCCAACCGCCUGGACCAGGGCUGUCAAACAUGAGGCCCGUGGACCAAAACUGGGCCACAGGAGGCUCCGAUCCAGCCAAACCAGCAAAGAGAGAGAACGUUGAUAUUUAACAGAUUCCUUCAGGAGAGACUCUGCACAGAUCAUGAAAUCCGGAGCAGUGAUGCUCUGAGGACCCCCCCCCCUCCCCCCCUCCCCUCCCGGCGGCGGGCGUGGCCGGCGAUGGACAGCCUGUGCGGCAGCAGCGUGGACUCCCGGCCCGGCCACUCCGGCGGCGGCGGCGGCAGGGUGGAUUCCUACGACUCCGCCCACAAGAACGGCAUCUCCGACGUGAGGAGGACCUUCUGCCUCUUCGUCACCUUUGACCUCCUCUUCAUCACCCUGCUGUGGAUCAUCGAGCUGAACGUGAACGGAGGGAUUCAGAAGCAGCUGGAAAAAGAAGUCCUGCACUACGACUACCACGCCUCCUUCUUCGACAUCUUUCUCCUGGCCGUCUUCAGGUUUGCGGUCCUCAUCCUGGCCUACGCCGUCUGCAGACUCCGUCACUGGUGGGCCAUCGCGGUCACCACGGCGGUCUGCUGCGCGUUCCUCAUCGUCAAAGUCAUUUUAUCAAAGCUGCUGUCUCAGGGCGCCUUCGGCUACCUGCUCCCCAUCAUCUCCUUCAUCCUGGCCUGGAUCGAGACCUGGCUGCUGGACUUCAAGGUCCUGCCUCAAGAGGACCAGGACCAGAACCGGUUCCAGUCCAUGGCGGACGCCGCGGAGCGCGCUCCCCUGAUGGGGGCGGGGCCUGUGUCUGACGGACAGUUCUACUCUCCUCCGGAGUCGGUGGCAGACUCCGACGAGGAACUGGACGACAAGCUGGACCCAGAGAGAGGACUGAUCCAGCAGGUGGCCUAGGAGCUCUGGAUCCAGGCCUGCUGCCGGUCUCACUCUGAAUCCUGGUCCUCGUCCCGGUCUUCGUCCCGGUCUUCGUCCCGGUCUUCUUCAUGAUCUUCUUCAUGGCCUUCAUCCUGAUCUUCCGUCCUGAUCUUCGUCCUGGACUUCAUCACGUGGACUCUGUGAGACGUGAACCAGACGAGCUCCCGGAUCCUUCUGGUUCUGGACGUUGUGAGCCGUGCUGCUGUGGACGGAUGAUGAACCAGAUCCUGGAUCCUGCUGGUUCUGGUCGCCGGUGUUCGGUCUCCGUGUCUUUGGUUCCUCGGCCAGCAGCGUCUGGACUACUGCGGACGUUCGGAGGACUGAGAGCAGAAGAGCACGCUGCUGCCGAGACGCCGGAACCAGAGGAACCGUUCUCCAUGCAGACUGGCGUUCUCACAGGAACCGUUCUCCAUGCAGACUGGCGUUCUCACAGGAACCGUUCUCCAUGCAGGCUGGCGUUCUCACAGGAACCGUUCUCCAUGCAGACUGGCGUUCUCACAGGAACCGUUCUCCAUGCAGACUGGCGUUCUCACAGGAACCGUUCUCCAUGCAGACUGGCGUUCUCACAGGAACCGUUCUCCAUGCAUGCCUUUAAAGCUCUUUAAAGCUUUUCUUUGAUUGAGCAGCUUGUCUGUUAGAACAGAGUCAUUAAACGGUGGAGCCUGAAUUCUGCCUCCUUCUUUCAGUGUUUUUGUGUUUGAUAAGAAUCCAGAUAUUCCAGAUUGGAUCAAGCGGUUGGAUAUCAAAGGAAACACGUUUGACCACUUAUUCAUUCAAGACCUAAAAAAGUUGAAGGCCCUUGUGAGGGAGUGUGAGAGGUACAGUCUGGCUCGCCUCCACACAGCCUGGACUGGAACCCAACCCCUCCAGAAGCUGAAGAAGGAGUCCUGUCGAGUCUUGUUGGCUCGUGGGACUCCAGAAGCAGCUGACAGGUACCGGCAGGCCAUAUAUACUAUAUAUGUGUGUGUUUAGGAUGCUUGUCAUGCUAUGAUAUUGGAAAUCUGAAUGUACAAAUUCAUUGAUCUUUCUGUAGCGCUUAGU